AUGGAGCCCACCUCAGCCCCUGCCCACAGAAGGGCUGUGCCCUGGCACAUGCUCCUGCUCACAGCCUCACUCUUAACCUUCUGGAGCCUGCCCACCACUGCCCAGCAGUUCAUUGAUAUCCCUGUGGAGUCAGUGCCACCCGAUGCUGCUGAAGGGAAGGAAGUUCUUCUACUUGCCCGCAAAGUGCCAGAGAAGUUUUUACGAGACACGGGGACCUACCAUAUACAAGUCUUGACAGAGAAUGGUGACAUUGAAUAUGGAAAGGGAGAACUCCGUGUCUACAAGCCAGUGGCCCCGCCAUCCAUUCAAGCCACCCACUCUACAGUGAGAGAAGGUGCCGGCCCCGUAGUCCUGACCUGCCUCACAAGUAACACUGGGGUCUCCACUCGGUGGUACCUCAAUAAUAAGGAACUACAGCCCACAGAGAGGAGGAAGCUAUCUGUGGACAAAAGGACCCUCACCCUCCAGCCUGUCAGCAGGGCCGAUUGGGGGGACUACCAAUGUGAGGUGUCUAACCGCAUCAGUUCCCGUCGAAGUGCCCAAAGCAGUAUUCAGGUCUCCCUUGGGAGAUCAUGUCAGGAGGUGCCCCUAGAAUGUCCCCUGUGGUUGCGACAGGUCCCAGCUCUUCUCUUUGCCAAAGGGAUCCAGAAGCAGUGGUACAUAGAGCCCACCUCAGCCCCUGGACACAAAGGGGCUGUGCCCUGGCACAUGCUUCUGCUCACAGCCUCCCUCUUAACCUUCUGGAGCCCGCCCACCACUGCCCAACUGGACAGUAAAAUCCUUGUGGAGUUGAUGCCGCCCAAUGCUACUGAAGGGGAGGAAGUUCUUCUACUUGCCCACAACGUGCCAGAAAAGUUUUUCAACUUAGCCUGGCACAAGAAUGAAAACCUCACCCUGAUGGACGCGGGGAUAUACUACAUACAAGCCCCUACAGAAGAACGGACUUUUCAAGGCAAUACCACCCUACAUGUCAGAGCACGGUUACCUAAACCACACGUGAAAACCAACAACUCGAGCCCCUUGGAGCAGGAACCGGCUGUGGUAUUGACAUGUGAAUUCGAGAUUCCAAACAUGACCUAUCGGUGGUUCAUCAAUUCUCAGCCAGUCCAGCCCAACACCUGGCUGCAGCUGUCUCCAGACAACAAGACUCUGACUGUGUUCCACAUCACAAGGAAAGACACAGGGCCCUAUGUGUGUGAGACCUCGAACGUCUACCGCAGUGACCCACUCACCCUGAAUAUUUCCUAGCCAGUGGCUCAGCCUUCCAUCCAAUUCUCUAAUACCAAGGUGACAGACUGUGCAGACCCUGUGGUCUUGACCUGCCUUACGAGUGACACUGGGGUCUCCACCCGAUGGUACUUCAAUGAUAAGGAUCUGCAGCCCGCAGUGAGAAGGAAGUUGUCUGCAGACAACAGGACUCUCACUCUCGAGCUCUUCCAGAAGGAUGAUGAGGGGAACUAUCAGUGUGAGGCGUACAACGGCUUCAGGUCACAAAGAAGGUCACCUGCAGCUGCUCUUCCAGCCUCCAUCCCGGAUGAUGAGACCUGA